UGGAGAUCUCAACCGCCGGGAACCCGCGUCCAGCGCAUUCGAGCACGUCAACCCGGAUUCAAAAGAAGGCAACAAGUCGACAAAAUGCGGCCGCCCAACUUCCGCUUCCCUUCCUUCGCCUCUGCCGCUCCGGCUUCUUCCCAUGACAAGACUUCGCCGACCCUCCCAAUGCUCUCGCUGCCUACCACCGCACGCAAUAACAUAGUGGCGGCCCUGGGCGAGUUUGUGGGCACCUUCCUGUUCCUCUUCUUUGCCUUUGCCGGCACCCAGGUUGCCAACACGCCGCCGCCGUCCCCACCUCCGGCCGGUGUUGUGGCGCCCUCUAACCAGGUCUCUCUCAUCUUCAUCUCCCUCGCCUUCGGCACCAGUCUGACUGCCAAUGUCUGGGCAUUUUACCGCGUCACCGGCGGUUUGUUCAACCCGGCUGUGACGCUCUCGCUGGUCCUCGUCGGUGGCCUCCCCGCAGUACGCGCCCUCCUUGUGGUCCCGGCCCAGCUCCUUGGCGGGAUUGCUGCCGCCGGCGUCGUCUCGGCAUUGCUUCCUGGCCCUAUGGCUGUGGAAACGACACUGGGCGGCGGCGCGAGCGUCGUCCAGGGUCUGUUUAUUGAAAUGUUCCUCACGGCCGAGCUGGUGUUUGUUAUCAUUAUGCUGGCCGCCGAGAAGCACAAGUCGACAUAUUUAGCACCCGUGGCCAUUGGCAUCUCGUUCUUCCUGGCCGAGCUGGUUGGUGUCUACUACACCGGCGGCUCCCUCAACCCGGCUCGCUCGCUGGGCCCGGCCACCGUGAACCGCAGCUUCCCGGGCUAUUUCUGGAUCUACUGGGUUGGUCCGCUGCUGGGCUCGUUGCUCGCAUCGGCCUUCUACACGCUGCUCAAGUUCCUCCGCUGGAAAGAGGUCAACCCGGGCCAAGACUGGAACGACUCGGAGAAGCUCGAGUCGGAGAGACGUCUCGCCGAGGGCCGCGACGUUGUCGAAGCGUCGGCCGACAAGAGGAGCGGGAGCAGCGGCCGGGCCGAUCCCCAUUGAGAUGCAUGCACACACAGAGCUGCUGACA